CAAUUCCUUUGACCUUUGGGCAACUGGGAUUACCUGACGGUAUAUCUUCCAUGAGAAAAUGGUUUAGAAUUUCAGGACAUGGAAUUGGUGCCAAAGAUUGACCCUUGAUAAUCAAUGUUUGUUGGUCUCAACUCACAUCAGAUUUCCUGGAAUUCGGACCGAUGUUUGAAGAUGGAAAUGGACUUUUGAAAAAGUGGAAGACGUUUUAAGGUAAUGGUACUUCUUCAGACAAAAACACUUUUUUUAGCUAUUCCUUAAGCUCUGCAUACCACUUUGUUGAAGAAACUAGGAGAACUAAUUUCUUGCUUACACACUCAGCAAGUACACUGAUAUUGAACAAUAUGAAUGCUCAAAUUCAGGUAAGACUGAAUACGUUUUUAGGUCAAUGAUUUAGUGUAUUUUCUUUUCUAAUACACCUAUAGUUGUUUUAUCUAGUUGUUUAUUUUUCAAGUGUACAAAGAGUCUCAAAAGACAAUGCCUGUAGUCCAUAGACAGUAUUCGAUUGAGAAUCAUGUGAGAGCCCAAUGGUUGGAGCUCUCACCUUCCAACCUCAAGGUCGGAGUUCGAUUCUCAUCAACCUCAUAUUUAGGGUGUUUGUGUGGAUUUAUGCUUCUGGGUAUACCCAAUUUCCAGUCUAUGAAAGUUUUCUUAUGGAUUGGGAUCCCCUUUUUACCCCCUAGCUCAUGAGGACUGAGUCUGCUUGGGUCAGUAAAUUACAGAAUAAAUAAAUAAAAAAGACAGAAUUCGAUUUCAAAUUUUACGUAUCAUCCCAAGACUUUGCCAGCUAAUGGCAUCCACUUGUUUUAUUUUUUAAAUGGCACAUUUUCUUAUUUAAUUCUACCACUUAACAACUACAUUUAUAUUAACAUUUUAAAAUUUGGAGCCGCCUCAUUAUUAUAUUUAAUAUUAAUCAUGCCUUUGGACCUUUAACGGUCACUAAUGGCCAACCUGAUGAUAAACAGGUUAUUUAGUCAAGUGCAUAGACUUAUCUCCUAAUAGAAUAUGGCUUAAUCUUUACCUUUUUCUCCUUCUUUAUGUAUUAAUAUACUAUUAAUGAGUAUAUUGUUAUAAUCUUAUUACGAAAUCCAAGAAAGUAGGCACCCGUUAAGAAUCUAUAAUUGCUUGUGCUGCAAGUUGGGAUGAUAACUAAUACUCCCUCCGUCCCAAUUUAGUUGUUAUUAUUACUCCGUAGUACAGUAUAAUCUUCUUUAGUACUAUCAAAAAUUUGGAAUGAUUCAUCAUUUUCAAAUUUUGUGACAGGUUUUUCCUGAUUCCUUUUCCAAACUUCAAUACCAACAGUUUCAAGUCACUGUAAACAUGGUGCUAAAAGUUUAUCCUUGACUAUAGUUGCUGGGUGGUUUUUGCUCACAUCAGGUUUCCUGGUAAAUUUAUUUUGUUUCUCAUAUAUGUUGUUGGCUUGAUUCUAUUAAUUGUUGUUCUGAAUGGUUGAUUUGGUUCCCAUGAUAUGACGACUACUCCCUUCGUUCUUUAUUAAUCGCAACAUUACCUUUAGUUAUAAUUUUCAUAGUAGUUGCUACAUAUCCAUUUUUGGUAAUAUGUUAUCUCAAUCUCUCUAUAUCACAUGAAUCCCCCUUUUUAUCUAUUUACGUCUCUCGUAUUCCUUGAUAUGUGUAUCUCCUCUACAUGUAGCGAUUAAUAAAGUUUUAUUUUCCUAGUUUGUUGCUUUUAUUCAACACUAGAACCCCAUCUUUGCUUUGAUCACCUUCCAAAACCGCCUUCUUAAUUUAUCUCCAAUCUGCUAUAUAUCAGUGCCAGAUUGCUCUUUAUAUCUGAUUCUAUAGAGUCUUUUGAUUAGUAUUAGCUACAAAUUAGGAACUAAAGGCGAAAUAAAAUAAGAUUAGAGCAGCUAUAAAUGAUGGCAGCAGUUGAAGUUGACAAUCAAGUAGGUGAGGUUUCUGAAACGUUGGAAAGUCUCAUAGAUUUGAUAACUGAGGAAUCACCAUUGACACGAGGAAUGGAAGAAGAGAUAGAAGCAGUUGCACCCGAGUUACGAGCUUUGCAAACUCUGGUGGAAGCUGCAGAAUCAGAUAAUGAUGAUGAGGAGGAGGAGCUGAUCUUGUUGGCUGCGAGUAUAAAGGAACUUUCUUUGUUGGCAAAAACCCAGAUUGGUGCUUUUAUCUUGUCAAGGGAGAAACAGAUGAAGAGGGGAAAGUUACACAAGUGUAUAUACAUUCUGGGUGAUGCCAAAGCUCGGUCAGAAUUCAUGAAAAUAUUGAAGGUGAUAAAAGUUCGAGUUCGUGACAUUAUCGAACAGUUGAAGAGACUGAUGACAGAUGCUGAAUCAUCAUCAUCACAUGAGGAGGCAGAGCACCAUCUGCAGGCAAUUUCUCAAGGUAAUAAUGUGAUUGGCCGUGAGCAAGACAUUGCACGAGUGCGGACUCACCUUUCAUCAGGCUUUGUCCGUCAAACUUUUGAUUCAGAUGUACCAUUAACUUCAGAAAGUGGUAGAACUUCUUCUGGUCUAUCUGACAACACCCAGACGCUAAUUCAACAUAUUGGGAAAUACUUUGGUCUUUCUGUUAGCUCCCCUGGUUUUCGGCAGCAGGUUCGUCUUUCUGCUGUUUCCAUUGUGGGCAGUGAGGGAGUAGGAAAAACAACCAUGGCAUCUUUGAUAUAUAAAGAUGCUUACGUUUCUCGUAUCUUCUCUUCUCGUGUGUGGGUGACAGUACCACACGAGUUUCAACCCGAAGAACUCCUCAGCAACAUAGCCAAACAGGUUAUUACAGUGGGCUCUGAUGAACCUGACAAGACAUGGAGCUUGGCUAUGUUAAGAGAGAGUAUCCACUUCUCCUUAACUGAAAGGCCUUAUCUUAUAGUGUUAGACAAUGUACAGACACCUGAAGUCUGGAGAUUGCUGCGCCAAGUAUUGCCAAACACUGGUCACAGUAAAGUUCUCAUCACUACUCGGGUUGCAGAGGUUGCCACAGAAGCCAGCUCAAGUUCAGGUUCUAUCCACCAUCUACAGGAGCUGGCACCACCAACCAGCUGGCGGCUCUUUUGCACCAUUCUUGGAGAUACAGCUGAUGAAUUGCAGCCAUUGGCUCGAGAGAUUGUAGAAAAUUGCAGGGGAAUCCCACUCCUAAUCCUAGAGACUGGCGGCAUUUUGUCCUGGGAAGCCAAGACUGUUGAGCGCUGGUCCACAUUGCUUUCUGAGCUCCAACAAAAAGGUUCCUUGAAACAUUUGGUUGCUGAUGCUUUGCCAUCAUAUCUCAAGAAAUGUCUCUACUCUCUUCUUCUUUAUGACAAGGAUUUUGAGGUCCCAACAAGGAGAAUAACUGCAUUGUGGAUAGCUGAGGGACUGGUGCAGCCAAAACCUGGCAAUGAAGAUGAGCCUUUAGAGGCUAUAGCAAAGGAGUACCUCCUUUAUCUGAAAAGUUAUUUUGUUAUAGAGGUAUUAAAGAAUAAGUCCAAUGGAGAAAUCAAAACAUGUCGCUUACGCCCUGCAAUCAGAAGUUUGUUGAUUGUAAAAGCUAAGGCAAACAAUUUCUUUUAUGAUCAUAUCAAAAAAAGAAUUCGUAGGCUUGCCCAUCAUCCUCAAAGAAACACCAACAAUGGUGAGGGUGCUGAUGAUUGGUCCUUGUAUAGAUAUAAUGAGAACCAAACGCAUGGUUCUUCUACAUCUUAUUGCUUUAAAUACCUGCGUACUUUCUCUUCCUCUGAUCCUCGAGAGGGACCAGGGCCAGGAGAACACAUAAAGUACUUUCUUCAUAGAGGCAUCAAGAUGGGAGGCUGUAAACGGCUGAGGGUGUUGGAUCUUGAAGGUGUCUUUCGUCCUAUACUACCUGAGGUUUUGCUCAAGGAGCUAAAACAGCUUCGAUAUGUAAGCCUGAGAAGAACCUAUGCAGAAGUGCUCCCAGCGUCAGUUGGGUCUUUGCAGAAGCUUCAGACGUUGGAUCUGAAACAUACUUGCAUCAGUAUGGUGCCUAUUUCCAUAUGGAAGUUGAAAGAACUCCGACACUUGUACCUAGGUGAAAGCUACCGUACUAGAUUGCCAUCUCAUCCUUCCGUGAUAAUAUCCUUGAACAACCUUCAGACGCUGUCUGGUGGAUAUAUGGAUGAUCAGACUCUUAUAGAAAAUGAGUUAGGUAGCUUAAAAAGCCUGAGAAAAUUAGCAUUGACAUGUCAGAUGUCAAUGGAAAAGCAUAAGGAAUUAGGAGAUUGGAUAGUGAAGUUGACAGACCUCAAGACUCUGAGGUUACGAUCAAUUGAUGAGAUGAUUGAACCUUCUCGGCUCUAUAUUGAGCGUCUCUCAGGCCUUAACAAGCUUAACAGUCUAUAUCUCUUUGGAGGAAUAACUCAAAGCAUAUUAUCUACAUUCCCUGAUAGCCUUACUGAAAUUACCUUGUCUUUAUCCAAGUUAGAGGAGGACCCUAUGCCUGUACUUGGGAGCCUCUCAAACCUGAAAAGUCUCUCUUUGCUCUCUGAUUCCUAUAUAGGGAGCAGCCUGACCUGCCUUACGUCGAGCUUUCCUGUGCUUCGUUUCCUAAAACUCUGGAAGUUGACGGAAUUAGAGAAAUGGAUUGUGGAUGAAAGAGCUCUGCCUGUCAUUGAAGCAAUUGAGAUUAGGUCCUGCAGGAAGUUGAAGUUUAUUACCCAGCGAAUGGAGUACUUGACGUCCUUUCAAUGAGCUACGAUUAU